AUUAAUUGAACUCACUCUCAAGAUGAAACGAAUGGAGUUACAAAGCUUCUAUCUUAAACUCAAUGAGUUGAAAGAAUAUGAUCAUGCUAAAGCCGAACGUGGAGAGCGCAUUCCAAAGGAUGAAGCAACGAAUCCUCAGACAUCAGCAGAAAAGCCACUGACGAAAGGCCCGAAGACAAAACAAGAAAUUCAAACUCGAAUUGGAUUAAAUUUAAAUUCUCUAACAUAAAGUUGUUUUCUUUUAUAUUUUUGAACUUUUUUUAUGGAAUAAAUUAUUAUCUUUCUCGAUAAAAACGAUUUUGCUUUCAUUAAUUUCUAACGGA